CAAACCACGCCAUCUCUUAUAAACACCUUUUGGCAAACCUCAUUCCCUUUCCAUUCUUCUUUUUUCUCUCCAUCUAGAUACACUCUCUUUCUCUCCAUCCCCCCCGCUUCGGCGUUCUCUCUACUCUCUCUCCUGGCGAGAAAUCACAGUCUUCCCCUCAACUGGAAGAUCACUUACACCUGAAGAAGCGGCACCACAUCUUCAACCUCGUUUCUCAACAAUGUCCGCCUCUACUUCCUCGGCCGACAUCCCCAAGGCCACGGCCACGGCCGCUGGCAAUGCCGCCGGUUUCUCGGACGGCACUACCGACUACAAGCCCAUGCGUUCUGGAGCAAAGUACGACCCUACCAAGGUGCACAUCUCUGAGCUGCCCAUGACCUGGUCAAACUGGUACAAGCAGGUCAACUGGCUCAACACCACUUUUGUUGUGUUCCUGCCCAUCUCUGGCUUCAUCGCUGCCUACUUUGUUCCUCUUCAGCUCUACACGGCCAUCUUCGCCGUCGUCUACUACUUCAACACUGGUCUCGGCAUCACGGCCGGCUACCACCGUCUCUGGGCUCACUCUGCUUACAAGGCUGCCUGGCCUCUGAAGCUCUACCUCGCUCUUGUUGGUGCCGGCUCCGUCGAGGGCUCUAUCCGCUGGUGGUCCAAGGAGCACCGUAUUCACCACCGCUACACCGAUACCGUCAAGGACCCGUACUCUGUCCGCAAGGGCUUCUGGUACUCGCACCUCGGCUGGAUGGUCUUCAAGCAGAACCCCAAGAACAAGGGCCGCACCGACAUCACCGAUCUUAACGAGGAUGCCAUCGUCGUCUUCCAGCACCGCCACUACAUCAAGGUCGUUCUCACCAUGGCCCUCAUCUUCCCCACCCUCGUCUGCGGUCUUGGUUGGAACGACUGGGUUGGUGGUCUCGUCUACGCCGGUAUCCUCCGCAUCUGCUUCGUCCAGCAGGCUACUUUCUGCGUCAACUCGCUUGCCCAUUGGCUCGGUGACCAGCCCUUCGAUGACCGCCACUCGCCUCGCGACCACUUCAUUACUGCUCUCGUCACCCUCGGUGAGGGAUACCACAACUUCCACCACCAGUUCCCCUCGGACUUCCGCAACGCCAUCGACUGGUACCAGUACGACCCUACCAAGUGGGCCAUUAUCGCCUGGAGCUGGGUUGGCCUCGCCUACGACCUCAAGCAGUUCCGCUCCAACGAGAUUGAAAAGGGCCGCAUCCAGCAGCUCCAGAAGAAGAUUGACAAGAAGCGCUCUACCCUCGACUGGGGAACCCCCAUUGAGCAGCUCCCCGUCAUCAGCUGGGACGACUUUGUCGAGACCGCCAAGACUGACGGCAAGGCCCUUGUUGCCAUUGCUGGUGUUAUCCACAACGUAGCCGACUUCAUCAAGGAGCACCCCGGUGGCAAGGCCCUCAUCAGCUCUGCCAUUGGCAAGGACGCCACCGCCGUCUUCAACGGUGGUGUCUACGACCACUCCAACGCCGCCCACAACCUCCUGUCUACCAUGCGCUACGGUGUCCUCCACGGUGGCUGCGAGGUCGAGAUCUGGAAGCGCUCUCAGUCCGAGAAGGGCGAUGUCCACUCCGUCAACGACACCUCUGGCCAGCGCAUUGUCCGCGCCGAUGCCCAGGUUACUCGUGUCAACCAGCCCGCUGCCAGCGCCGAUGCUGCUUAAGUGCACCAUCUCACUCCUCUCUUUAUGAAUUCUCACGUCUAAAAAGAUAUUUCCUUGCUCUGUCGAUUUCUCCUUUUCACUCUACAUACAUUAUUCUCAUGGAUCGGGCGUUUUCUUUCUACAAACCGCGGUGGUGUUUCUUUUUCAAAUAAUGACCGGUGACCAAACUUGGCACGAUCCGCAGAGCGGUGCUCUGAACCAGCAACUAGCUUGUUUGUUUCUUUAUGUUUUGAGGACUCUUCUUGUCUUGGUCUAGAUUAGUUUACUUGGCUGAAAUAAUAUACUAAGUUGACAAUC